AUGAUGGUCCACGAUGAACUAAACUCCAAGCUUCGGUUAAGACCUACUCCUGAUGUACCUAAUCUUCCUGGACGAGCUGGCACCAAAUCGGCCGAUAGCUGUGGCAGUCUUGUCUCAAAUGAUUCCUUCUUAUGCACCACAAAUACUGCCAGUCCAACAAUGGCCUCUGGGGAUUCUGCUACUCCGUCCACACACGAGUCUCAUGCGAUUGUUGGUGCCUCGUCGACUUCUCCGGUGUCUUCCAACUUAGCUGGAAUGCACCACAAAUUGGCCGUGAGUCGACAGCGCAAGCGUCGUCCACCUACUCGCACGGAAUCUGGUGAUACUGAAGAGUCAGACGAGAGGCUUGAGACGUCCACUAUGACUCCGUUAAAUAUGGGUUGCACACAAUUUUUUGCCAGUUCCGGUCCAGCAAUCCCACUCCCGUUCUCUCAUUCACCGAUGGAUCUGAUUUCCGAGGAGGGCAGUGAGACUGACGCAAAAACCGUUCAUACUCCGUCAUCGAAAGUCGCCUGUUCAAGCACACUUCAUUCGGAAAUGGUCCAAAAUGACAAAACAUCACCGACUGCCGCUCCUAGACCGUCUGUGAAAUCAGUUGUGUGGCCUAAACGGAACGCUUCGGUGCCGGAGUCGGACAAACCGGUGGCCACCAAUCGUCCAGUCUCCAUGUUUGUUCCACCUUCGGCAACUACUCCCAUACAGCUAGAACGCCAUCAACACCAGCAUCAAAGAUCCUCUCCCGGGCCACAAGCAGACACGGAAAAACCGUUUUCGGCUCUAGGUCCGAAGAAACCACCACGUGUCAAGUCUCUUUCUACUUCCGAACAGCCGAACGAACCCGAUUCACCUAGUAGCCCAUCGAGAACUGAAUUGAAUGUGGAACUUAACUGGGAAGGCGAUCACUCGGCAGUUUCAACGCGUACUGACGAUCAAAUUUCAAAUCCUCAUUCCUCCGCCUCGAUGGACCGGCGCGCGUCAAACGAAUCGCACAGUCCGUAA